AUGGCAACAAAUUCGUUGAAGUUUACUUUGAUGACAAUUUUCAUCUUUGCCAUAGCUCUUUCUCCAACUUUACCGUGCGAUGCUGCACGCGAUUUAGUAACAGGUAAUAAGGUGAUAUGUAUUCAGUGUGUGUGUUGCACUCCACCACCUCCAGGAACUUGCUGCAGCAAGUGUUGUGCUUCUUCUUCUCCACCUCAGACUGAGACCAUUGGGCAAUCUCCAUAG